CCAUCCCACAAACUUGGCCACUUUAUCUUGGCAACUGGUUCUCGACGUGACCAUGACCCUUAACUUCUAAAUAGGCUAGACUGAUCAUGCGCGUCCUUGUGGCCUCAUCACGACCGUGGGGUUCGCACAACACUCUGGAGUCGUCCCAACCCAUAUCGGCCGUUUUCACAGGCACUCUCGGCGGCAACAGUUACGUUGCGCCAUCGCGACUGUGCUUCCCAGCGCGAUAACGUGUCGUAGCCAGGUCCAGAGUCGUUUCUGCGCGCUUUGAAGUCCUCGCCUGCGCAACGAUGCCUCGGAGUUCCUUCUACAGAUGAACGCGCAUUGGCCAUUUACACCACUAUUCAACAGUAUCGUCAGAUGCACUUGCAGUAUAGGUUCAUGCAUCUUGUGCCAGGCCGGGACCUCUUGUUAGCAUUCUUUGUACCACUUCAUAUUAGCAAACCACGCACAACGUAUAACAUUGCUAGCGACUAGCUCGACAUUCAAUAUGUCCGAAUCACCGACCGGUACAUCCCCGGAUCGCGACGGCAUCUAUCCAUCAAAUGGCCGGACGUACGACAAGUAUCAUUUUCAGGAAAAGAAUAUCCACAUGCAAGGCAUCGAGUUGGAUGAUGAAGAAGAAGACGAGGAUAUAGAUCAACUUAUCGAAGACCUUGAGUCACAAGAUGGCGAAAAUGCCGACUACGAAGAGGAGGAAGCGCAACAACCAGGCGGUGCGCGUUUGAUUCCGGAGGAACUCUUGCAGACCGACACACGCACUGGCUUGACGUCGGCUGAAGUACUGAUACGGCGCAAGAAGUUCGGCGAGAACAAGAUGAAAGAGGAGUCAACAAAUAACUGGGUAAAGUUUCUGAUGUUUUUCGUUGGUCCAAUUCAGUUCGUCAUGGAAGCUGCUGCAAUCCUUGCUGCAGGGCUCCAAGACUGGGUUGACUUUGGCGUCAUCUGUGGUUUGCUCCUCCUGAACGCAAGUGUUGGCUUCAUCCAAGAGUAUCAAGCCGGCUCCAUCGUCGAAGAGUUGAAGAAAACAUUAGCUUUGAAGGCUACCGUAUUGCGCGACGGCACUUUGGUUGAGAUCGAAGCACCAGACGUAGUGCCCGGCGAUAUCCUGCAAGUAGAGGAGGGUGUAAUUGUUCCAGCUGAUGGACGCAUCGUUACGGAGAAUGCCUUUGUGCAGGUUGACCAGUCCUCCAUCACUGGAGAAUCACUGGCUGUCGACAAACACCGUGGAGAUACCUGUUACGCGUCUUCUGCGGUGAAACGCGGCGAGGCUUUUGUCGUGAUCACAGCUACAGGCGACUCGACGUUUGUUGGACGUGCGGCAUCACUUGUUGCCAGCGCCUCCAGCGGACCCGGUCACUUCACACAAGUAUUGCACGGCAUUGGGACGAUUCUUCUGGUUCUGGUCAUUGUAUCAUUGCUGGUCGUUUGGAUAAGCUCUUUCUAUCGAUCCAACGACAUCGUCACUAUCCUCCGGUUCACACUCGCGAUCACGAUAGUCGGAGUCCCGGUCGGCCUUCCUGCUGUUGUCACUACAACUAUGGCAGUGGGAGCGGCGUAUCUGGCGAAGAAACAAGCCAUUGUGCAGAAGCUCUCCGCCAUCGAAUCGCUUGCGGGUGUCGAGAUCCUGUGCUCUGACAAAACUGGAACAUUGACAAAGAACAAGCUCUCGCUGGCUGAGCCAUAUACCGUUCAAGGUGUCGAUCCAGAGGACCUUAUGCUUACUGCCUGCUUAGCAGCGUCAAGAAAGAAGAAGGGCAUCGAUGCUAUCGACAAAGCUUUUCUCAAGUCUCUACGCCACUAUCCGCGUGCCAAGUAUGUGCUGAGCAAGUACAAAUGCAUCCGUUUCCAUCCGUUCGAUCCAGUGUCCAAGAAAGUCCAGGCUGUCGUUGAGUCGCCUCAAGGCGAACGCAUAACAUGCGUCAAAGGCGCUCCUCUUUUUGUGCUUCGGACUGUCGAAGAAGAUGGUUCCGUCCCACACGAGGUCGAAUUGGCCUACAAGAACAAGGUUGCAGAGUUCGCUACGCGCGGCUUUCGAUCACUCGGUGUUGCUCGCAAACGGGAAGAUGAACGUUGGGAAAUCUUGGGCAUCAUGCCAUGCUCAGAUCCUCCACGCCAUGACACAUAUCGUACGAUUAACGAGGCGAAGUCUUUGGGCCUUUCAAUCAAGAUGUUGACUGGGGACGCCGUUGGUAUUGCGCGAGAAACUUCACGCCAGCUUGGUCUAGGUACCAACAUAUUCGAUGCUGAAAAACUCGGAUUGAGUGGAGGUGGCGAGAUGCCUGGCUCGGAGUUCUACGACUUCGUCGAAGGUGCAGAUGGUUUUGCAGAAGUGUUCCCACAGCACAAGUACAACGUUGUAGAAAUUCUACAACAGAGAGGAUACCUUGUCGCGAUGACCGGUGAUGGUGUGAACGACGCGCCGUCGUUGAAAAAAGCAGAUACUGGUAUCGCUGUGCAAGGCGCUUCCGACGCUGCUUGCUCCGCUGCCGACAUCGUUUUUCUUGCCCCUGGCCUCUCUGCUAUCAUUGACGCCCUCAAAACGUCACGCCAGAUUUUCCAUCGCAUGUACGCUUACGUUGUCUACCGCAUCGCUCUGUCACUGCACCUCGAGAUAUUCUUAGGUCUUUGGAUCGCUAUCCUCAACGAGAGUCUAAACCUACAGUUGGUAGUGUUCAUUGCUAUCUUCGCUGAUAUUGCGACCUUGGCUAUCGCUUACGAUAAUGCACCGUACAGCAGAACUCCGGUCAAAUGGAACCUGCCAAAACUUUGGGGAAUGUCAAUCCUCCUUGGCGUCAUUCUGGCUGUAGGCACUUGGAUCACAAUGACAACCAUGCUGCCUUACCUUACUGGCGAGCAGCAGCGUGUCGAAGGUGGCAUUGUUCAGAACCAUGGCCAGCGCGACCCAAUCCUGUUCCUCGAGAUUACAUUGACUGAGAACUGGCUGAUUUUCAUCACCCGCGCCAAUGGCCCGUUCUGGUCAUCGAUUCCUUCAUGGCAACUCGCCGGGGCGAUCCUGGUUGUCGACAUCCUUGCUACGUGUUUUACCAUUUUCGGGUGGUUUGUGGGUGGAAGAACAAACAUUGUUGCCGUGGUCCGUGUCUGGGCCUUUUCCUUCGGUAUCUUUUGUAUUAUGGCAGGAGUGUAUUACAUUUUGCAAGGCAGUCAAGGCUUCGACAACCUCAUGCACGGAAAGCUUCUCAAGAGAAAGCAAAAGCAGAGGAACCUUGAAGACUUUGUUGUUUCGCUGCAAAGGGUGUCAACACAGCACGAGAAGAUUCAGCAUGAGAAGAUGACAUAGCAUCUUCACCAUACCGGGCCUUCACUACCACGUUAGCGAUCCAACAUUACGCCAUCGUGAGCGUGGUUUGGUCCUUCUCUGCAACACUGCGGGGGUCAGUAGAGGGCGUUUGGCGGCACUCCUGAUUCCUAGUCACUGUUCAUGGUUGGGUUCUGGAAGUAUAUUUGUAUUCAUACCUGUUUAGGAUAGAUGCGAACAUCAGGGGAUUGUAGAACAUCUAGGAAGUCCACCUGUAUGCCAGGGGCGACGUGUUGAUUAUGACAAGCAACUUUAUCUCAAUUUAACACAUCC